AUGCAUUUAUUAGCGAUAUUCAUUGUUGUAGCCCUUACCUUACACAUAAAUUAUAAUGAAAAUGACAGAACUUGUAAAAACAACUUUCUCGCAUUUGUUGAAUAUUAUGCUCCAUGGUGUGUACAUUGCAACGCACUAGCUUUAGAAUACACAAAAGUGGCCACACUGUUAGAACAUGAAAAAUUGGAAACCAAAGUUGGCAAAGUUGAUGCCGCUGAAGAAGGUGAUUUGGCUGGGAAAUAUGGUGUUAGCAAACACUCAGCUUUAAAAAAUUUCUCUAGUGGAAGUGACAUUGAUUAUACAGGGCGACGCCAAGCUGAUGACAUGAUUACUUGGUUGAAAAAGAAGACUGGAUCAUCAGCUAAAGAACUAGAAUCUGUUGAAGAGGCAAAAGCAUUUGUUGAAGAAAGUCAAGUUGUUGUCAUUGAUUUGUUCAAGGAUCGUAAGUCAGCUGAAGCCAAAGCUUUCUCGUCAACCGCUAACUCUGUUGAAAAUUAUCCAUUUGGUGUCACAAGCAAUGAGGAAGUUUAUAAGAAUUAUGAAACCAAAUGCGAUUCAGACAAUCUUUUUAAGAAAUUUGACAAAAAAGAAGUUGUUUUUGAAGGUGAAGCAACUUCAGAAGAGGCUCUUAAGAAAUUCGUUCAAUCACAAUCAUUGCCACUUUUGAUAGAAUUCAACCACGAGACUGCACAAAAGAUCUUAGGUGAAGACAAUAAAAACCAUUUAUUAUUGUUCCUGUCAAAGAAAGGUACAUAUUUUAACAGCUUUAUUGAGAGAGCACGUAAGGUUGCAAAAGAAUUCCGUGAUCAAGUACUAUUUGUAACAAUCAACGUCGAUAUAGAAGAUCACCAAAGAAUUUUGAAAUAUUUUGGCAUGAAGAAAGAGGACGUACCUGCUAUGCGAAUACUUGAGCUAGAUAUGGCAGAGUACAAACCAGCUGCACCAUAUCAUUCAACAGAAAAUAUUAAAGAAUUCGUAGAAAGCUUUAUUGAAGGUAAAUUGAAACAACAUUUAACAUCACAAGAUCUUCCAGAAGACUGUUAUAAGAGUCCAGUUAAAGUUUUAGACAGCUCAAAUUUUGAUGAAUUAGCAUUCAAUUCGGGAAAAGAUAUUCUUGUACCAUUCUAUGCUCCAUGGUGUCGUCAUUGUAAACAACUUGCUCCUAUUUAUAAUGAAUUGAGUAAAAAAUAUAAGGAUUCUAAAAGUGUUGUAACUGCUAAAAUGGAUGCCACUGUAAAUAAAAUGAAACAUACUAAAACAACUUCAUUCCCAACUCCCAAAUUGUGCAGCAAAGGAAAAAAUAAGGUAAUUGAUUUUAAUGGGAAGCGAACAUUAAAUGGAUUUGUUCAGUUUCUUGAAUCUAGCGGCUUAUAUGGCAAAGGACCAUCUGAUGAGGCACCAAAAAUAGAUAAAUCUGAUUAUGUGUCACUUAAAAAUGAAUUAUAA